UUAAUUUUUUCUCUGAGGUUUUGAUUGGGUAUUUUGGAAGUUUGUGAGAAAACCAUCACUCCCUCUCUGUCCUAUUGUGAGGCCUCUGUUCUAUAAAUUGGUCACACCCACCUCUUUCCAAACUCCCCUAAAUGCUCUGCCUUUCCUCCUUUAAUUGUUCUCAUAAACAUUGAUUGAGAGAGAGAGAGAGAGAGAGAGAGAGAGAGAAAUGGAGGAUAUGGCUUGUUUAUGGAGUCAUCAAGAGACGCCUGAGGAAUUGAAGCAAAGACUUGUGUACACAACUCUCGAACUCGAAUUGGUGAGAAUGGAAUCGGAUGAGGAGAUGAAAAACAACAAAGAGUGCAUGAAACAACUUCUGCAGCAGCUAAAAACUUCCUGCCAAGAAAGAGAUGAAGCAAGAGACCAACUUAACAAACUACUAAACAAUCUCAUGCCUUGUACCCCCAAUACCUUGCCCGAAUUCCUCCCUCCUCCGCCCCAACUCCUCCCCGAAAGCCCUCUCAUUCAACCCACCAAAGGCAACUCAAGCAUAACUGAGUCAAACAGUCUCUCUGCGGACACAUUCAAUUACCAAUCACCGGUCAAUUCGUUUUUCGAUCCUGUCUCAUCUCCAGAUUCCUCGAGUAAUUUUGUAUUUACGAACCAACCUGUUUUUGACCAAGGUUGUUUGGUUAUUGAUGAGAUUGUGAAGGGAAGAACUCUGCCUCAGAAAGGGAAACUGUUACAGGCUGUGUUGGAGGCGGGGCCGCUGCUUCAGACUCUUGUUGUUUCUGGGCCGCUUCCCCGGUGGAGGAAUCCUCCCCCUCUUCAGACCUUUCACAUUCCACCUGUUUCCAUCAAAGGGCGUGAGGCUCAAAUUGUCAAUGUACCGAAACAACUGAAUUUGUCGUCUUUUGUUGACGUUUCUUGUGGCUCUUCUCAAGUUUCUAUGUUGGAUUUUUCCAGUGGAGGGUUUCGAUCGCGUGUGGACAGCGGGCAGUUGAUCUCUGCUGGAGCUAAUGCUAGUAGCUAUGUUCCCUUAGGCAAGCGACAGAGAUACCAAUGAGGACAUGGACACUUAGUAGUUUUGCUUCUUUUUUCCUGUAAAUUAGUGGGGGAUGGUGUAUAUGGGGAUACUCUUUUGGGUUUUGAAUGACAAAGGUAUUUUUACUUUGUUACGUAGUGUCCAGUUUCUCGUCGUGGUUAUAUUCAACAAUCAGUCUUGCUGAGGGAUUCUCUGAAUACAGCACACCACAAUCGUUCAUAUUUCUGGAGGUGCUCAACUCAAAUGUUGCUUGAAUUUCCAAAAUGAGACGAAUUUACUUCCACUUACACAAGUUUUCGUCAACUAUUAGCUACAUUGUUGCUGUAUCUCAACUGUGAAACCGCUAAUGGGAAACUAAGCGUAAUUGUUUCUCUGUUAAUCACUCAUUGUCUUGAAGAAAAUGAGAUGUCAUUUUGAUG